AUGUUGGGCUGGUGCCAAGCGAUAGCUCGUAACCCUCACAGACUUCCAAACAGCACAAGAACACCCGAGGUCUCAGGUGAUGCUUCAUUUAACUCUACUUUGAGUGACAAAUCACCAGGGCGUUCCACAAGUCGAUCAAGUAACAUUUCAAAGGCAAGCAGCCCUACGACAGGAACAGCUCCUAGAAGUCAGUCUCGGUUGUCUGUCUGCCCUUCUACUCAGGACAUCUGUAGGAUCUGUCACUGUGAGGGAGAUGAUGAAAAUCCCCUCAUCACACCAUGUCGCUGCACAGGGACCCUGCGCUUUGUCCAUCAAGCCUGCCUGCACCAGUGGAUUAAGAGCUCGGACACACGCUGCUGUGAACUCUGCAAGUACGACUUUAUCAUGGAGACCAAGCUCAAACCUCUCCGGAAGUGGGAGAAACUGCAGAUGACAACAAGCGAAAGGAGGAAAAUAGUUUGUUCGGUCACAUUCCACGUAAUUGCAAUUACUUGUGUGGUUUGGUCAUUGUAUGUUUUAAUUGAUAGAACUGCUGAGGAAAUUAAACAAGGCAAUGAUAAUGGUGUCCUUGAAUGGCCAUUUUGGACAAAACUCGUUGUGGUGGCCAUUGGAUUCACAGGAGGCCUGGUCUUCAUGUAUGUGCAGUGCAAGGUUUAUGUUCAGCUGUGGCGCAGGUUAAAAGCCUACAACAGAGUGAUCUUUGUUCAGAACUGCCCAGAAACCAUAAAAAAAAUGGAAGAGAAGAACCCUUCAAGUCCUCAGACCUCAGAUGUCAAGGACGCAGUGGUAUUGCCAGUAGCACAAACAGGUACAAACUCUCAGCCAGCAGCUGAAGAACUGUCCUCUGAGGUGAUGCCAGUUUGACAGAGACAGCAUUGUUUCUUUCUUGGAGACGAAGGUGUAGUGUUUUCUUCACUACAAAUGCUAAAAGAGUAGGAAUGACUGUGUGUUUUUUCAGUUAAAAACAAAACAAAACAAAAAACCCAAUAAGGAAAAUGGAUCCAG